AUGCCCGCCAUCAUCCUCCCCCGGCAAUCCACCACCACUACCUCCGACAAUUGCCCCAGCACGCUUUCCGGCGGCGCAAUCGCCGGCAUCGUCCUGGGCACAAUGGCCGGCACGCUGCUGCUCGAAUGGCUGAUUCGGGCCUGCUUCUGGCCGGGGGCUCCUCUCAACAAGGACCCUGAGGACGGGGGAGUAGUAUACUCAUCGACAACCACGUCCCCGGCAUCCUCACGCCGUACUCGUCGUUAUAGUCAGCGCGGUGCUAAUGGGUAUGGGUAUCGGGGUUCAGGCCCGGAUUAUGUGGAAUACGUGGAGAAGUCGCCUGUGAGAGGCGCGAGAGUGACGAGGAGCAGGAGGGGAAGUGUGGCGAGUAAGAGGUGGGCUGUGUAUGAUGCUCAGCCUGGGAUCGAAAUAGCGAAUAUCAUGUUUGAAGUCCAAUCCUUGUUCCUGGUGUUGUUGUUGGAGUGUCGAGUCGAGUCGAGACUUGAGGAGGCAGGCAGGCAGUCCCGCAAUGAGGACCCCGAGUUAGCGAGGAUAGACACACUCAGCGAGCGCGCGCAGAUCAGACCCAUUCUACUCUUUAUCACCAUAAUCCUCGCAUGGGUCAUGACCAUGACUGAGUCCGUGGCAAUGGCAACGCGACAGCAGGAAUCGCAUUGGCGGUAUUCGACCGUGACGGGAUAUUUCCUGCAGGAUGAUGAGGGGACCGAUUCAGACAAAUUCGAUUAUGUAUCUACGAACUUCGGUCUUAUCAAUCGUACAUAUGAUCAUGACCAAGAGCUAGAUGCACGGCAUGAAGAAGAGGAAGGGGGGAAAACGCAAUGGCAACGCUUCGAGCAUCAAAUCCGUGCAAUGAACAUCGAAGUAGACCCCAACACUCAAUAUAAAGUCCUCUACCUGGGUAGACAUGGCCAAGGGUUCCAUAACGUUGCUGAGAGUUGGUACGGAAGUGAAGCCUGGGAUUGCUACUGGUCUCUCCUCGACGGCAACGAGACAAUGACCUGGGACGACGCACGAUUAACUGAAAUCGGCAAAUCGCAGGCGCAAACCGCAAAUAAUGCAUGGCGCAGACAGAUCGAGAACAAGAUCCCUUUCCCUGAGACGUUUUAUCUGGUUCGAGAAACGUUGGGAAUCCACACCUGCGACCGCCGCUCAAGCAAAACGGCCAUUGUCGAGGAGUAUCCAGAGUACAUUAUCGAAGACAACUUCUCGGAGAAUGACGAGCUCUGGGAAGCGGAGUGGCGGGAAUCCGAUUCUGCGCGGAAUGCACGAAUCAAGAAAUUUCUCGACGACGUUUUCUCUUCUACCACUAAUAAUAACGAAAACGAUAAUAACGACAAAAGCACCCAAUUCAUCUCCAUAACCGCGCAUUCCGGCGCCAUCAUCUCGAUCCUAGAGGUCAUCGGACACAGGAAAUUUGACCUACAGACUGGCGGCGUAAUCCCAGUGCUUGUCAAGGCGGAACGGGUCGCCGGCAAAGAACCAGAGCAGGUUAUUGAGCCGCCGACGGGCAUACCUGAUUGUCGGGAUGGUGCUGUGAAGGCUGCUGCUGGUGGAGUGUCGUUGCAGGUUAGAGAAGUGGGAGUUGAUGUGUGA